AUGUAUGCUCCAAAUUUUUAUGGCGGGAAUGGUAUUGUGGGAGCUCAGGUGCCAUUGGGGGCUGGGAUUGCAUUCGAAUUGAAAUAUAAUAAUAAGGACAAUAUUUGCAUUACCUUGUAUGGAGAUGGUGCAGCCAACCAAGGACAAGUGUUUGAAGCAUAUAACAUGGCUGCCUUGUGGAAACUCCCAGUCAUCUUUGCCUGUGAAAACAACCGCUAUGGGAUGGGAACUGCCGUCCAUCGUUCAUCAGCGUCCACUGACUAUUACACUCGAGGGGACUACAUUCCUGGAGUUUAUGUUGAUGGUCAGGACGUGCUUGCAGUGAGAGAGGCUACUAGAUGGGCCAAGGAGUACAUACUGGCUGGAAAUGGACCUCUGGUAAUGGAACUGGAGACAUAUCGCUACUAUGGACACAGUAUGAGUGACCCUGGGAAGAGCUACCGUAAGUCUGAAGAGGUGCAACAGUUCAGAAAAGAGAAGGAUCCCAUUACUACUGCAACCCGCUACCUUCUACAAGGUGACUUAGCUACAGAAGAGGAGCUAAAGGAAAUCAGGAAAUCAGUACAAGCUGAUAUAAAGAAAGCCGUAGCUAAUGCCAUUUCUGACACAGAGCUCCCACUUGAGGAGAUGUACACUGAUAUCUAUACCAGCACUCCAGAGUUCAUGGUCAGAGGAUGUGAUCCUUUUACUUGGGGAAAAUCAGAGAGGGCCUGAAGAUUUAUUGAUAGCAUAUUUCUUUCUUUGAGAAAUGAAUUAAUUGUUGUUAAUAUUUGUGUAGACAAAAGUAAUAUUUAUUGUUUCAGUCUUAGACAGUCUUACAUUGUAUCCAUUAUUUUGUAGAAAUUUGUAGCCAUCAGCUGUUGCUUAUUGUUUAAAAUAAUAAAUUUUUAAAA